CGAUGGAAAAUUCUGAAAGAAAAAAAGAGGAAAAAAAAAGUAAGAUUUUUAUGUAAUUUGCUUUCUACACCUCCCUCAAAGUUACCUUCCCUCCUUCAAAUAUAACCUAGUUCAAUUGUUUUCACCAGAAAUUACCUAAAACUAACACUAUGGUAGCUUUCUAUUCAAGAUAUCUCCCAUCACUUGAAGAACUUUUACACCUCUUAAAACUCUCUGCAAAUACUAAAAAUCUCAACUUUGGCAAAUCCAUACAUACCCAGUUACUCAUUCGCAACCAAUCUUCAACCCAUCAUUCAUACCGUGAAUUCAACAUUAUUCAACUUAACUCCCUCAUCAAUCUCUAUGUCAAAUGUUCAAAACUCCGUCUCGCGCGUUACCUGUUCGAUGAAAUGUCUCUUAGAAGCGUUGUUUCUUAUAAUGUUUUAAUGGGUGGUUAUUUGCAUAGUGGUGAACAUUUGGAAGUUGUUAAAUUGUUUAAGAAUAUGGUUUCGUCGUUGUAUCAACCGAAUGAGUAUGUGUUUACUACUGUUCUUUCUGCUUGUGCUCAUAGUGGGAGAGUUUUUGAAGGAAUGCAGUGUCAUGGGUUUUUGUUUAAAUUUGGAUUGGUUUUUCAUCAUUUUGUGAAAAGUUCUCUUGUUCAUAUGUAUUCGAAGUGUUUUCAUGUUGAUUUAGCAUUGCAAGUUUUAGAAAGUGAGCAUGGUAAUAUUGAUAAUGAUAAUGAUGCUUUUUGUUAUAACUCUGUGUUGAAUGCGCUUGUGGAAUCCGGGCGUUUGGGAGAGGCCGUGGAAGUUUUGGGGAGGAUGGUGGAUGAAGGGGUUGUUUGGGACAGUGUUACGUAUGUUAGUGUUAUGGGACUUUGUGGUCAGAUUAGAGAUUUGGGAUUGGGUUUGCAAGUUCAUGCGCAGUUGUUGAAAGGCGGUUUGACGUUUGAUGUAUUUGUUGGUAGUAUGUUGGUAGAUAUGUUUGGGAAGUGUGGCGAUGUUUUGAGUGCGAGGAAAGUUUUUGACGGUUUGCAAAAUCGGAAUGUGGUGGUAUGGACAUCUCUCAUGACUGCUUACUUGCAGAAUGGAGAAUUUGAGGAGACUUUGAAUCUGCUUUCGUGUAUGGAUCGAGAAGGUACUAUGUCCAACGAGUUCACUUUUGCGGUUUUGCUUAAUGCUUUUGCAGGUAUGGCGGCACUCAGACAUGGCGAUCUAUUGCAUGCUCGAGUUGAGAAGUUAGGUAUUAAGAAUCGUGUUAUUGUCGGGAAUGCUUUGAUAAAUAUGUAUUCCAAGUGUGGCUGCAUUGAUUCUUCAUAUGAUGUGUUCUUUGAUAUGAGAAAUCGGGAUAUUAUCACUUGGAAUGCUAUGAUAUGUGGGUAUUCCCAACAUGGACUUGGUAAACAAGCUUUACUACUCUUUCAAGACAUGCUGUCUGCUGGAGAAUGUCCAAACCAUGUAACCUUUGUCGGCGUUCUAUCUGCUUGUGCUCAUUUGGCUCUUGUAAACGAAGGGUUUUACUAUUUGAAUCAGCUAAUGAAACAUUUUAAGGUUGAGCCAGGAUUGGAGCACUACACCUGUGUGGUUGCGGUUUUGUGCAGAGCUGGUAUGCUUGAAGAGGCUGAGAACUUCAUGAGGACAACACAAGUGAAAUGGGAUGUUGUUGCGUGGCGAGUAUUGCUUAACGCCUGCAAUAUUCAUCGAAAUUAUAACUUGGGGACAAAAAUUGCAGAAACUAUUUUACAGAUGGAUCCUCGUGACAUGGGGACAUAUACAUUGCUAUCAAAUAUGUAUGCAAAGGCACGUAGCUGGGACAGUGUUACAAUGAUUAGGAAAAUGAUGAGGGAAAGAAACGUUAAGAAGGAACCUGGAGUGAGUUGGAUUGAGAUAAGAAAUGCCGUCCACGUCUUUUCUUCAGAUGGAAGCAAUCAUCCAGAGUGUAUUCAAAUUUACAACAAGGUUCAGCUAUUGCUGGAAAUGAUUAAGCAACUGGGGUAUGUGCCGAAUAUUGAAGCCGUGCUGCAUGAUGUGGAAGAUGAACAGAAGGAAAGCUAUCUUAAUUACCACAGCGAGAAGCUGGCCAUAGCAUAUGGCCUCAUGAAAAUACCUUCUCCGGCACCCAUCCGCGUAAUUAAAAACCUUCGGAUAUGUGAAGAUUGUCACACAGCUGUAAAACUAAUAUCAAAGGUCACAAACAGGUUGAUAAUUGUUAGAGAUGCUAGUCGAUUUCAUCAUUUUCGUGAUGGGACCUGUACUUGUACCGACCACUGGUAGCAUUUUCACAAGUUUAAUAUGAUCAUGAUUGUUUGAAGUGAAUAUCACAGGCUCUACACCUAUUAGCAUGAACUGCAGCUUAAGAAUAUCAAGCAUAGUCUGAGAAUGUACAUUCAGCAUGGAUUACACCAGUUUAAAUUUUAAGGUUCUUGCUUGUGAUCUGAGAUUAUUCAAAUCAAUUCCAUUUUCAUUUGACCUAAAACUAAAUUACAUAUAUAACAUGUUAGGAUAUAGAAUAAAGGGGAAUUAAAGUAGUUAAGAGUGAUUAGAGAGGUAAGUUAGUCAGUUAGUUAGAGGAAUAUUGGUAUAAAUAGGAGAAUGCAAGGAUAGAGAUUAUCAUUGAGGAUUGUUAACUUUUGUGAAUAGAGUAGUGACUCUGUUAUAGUAGAAGUAGAAAAUCCUUGGAGGGGAGUUUUCUUUCCUAUUCUCUCUAUUUUUUAUUCUUUCAACAACAUAGUUCUUCAUUUGAAUUCAAUUCUCUGGGUUCCUAACAGAAUGCUUGUAUCUUUUAACGUUGGACUGAAAAGGAAAUCUUCUCUGAAAUGGUUGACAGAUGUAUGAUAGAGGAUACAAGCCGAUGUAAUCACUUACAAUUCUUUCAUAAAUGCUUUCUGCAAAAGCCAUCAAAUUGGUAAGCCAACUGCAUUGCUAAAGAAAAUUAAAGAUCACGGUAUACAGGCAAAUGUGUACAUGUACAGUGUACUUGUUGAUGGACUUUGCAGAGAUGGAAGACAUAAGGAUGCACAAAAGAUUUUUAAGGAUCUUUAGAUUAAAGGCUACAAUGUAAACAUUGUGACAUAUAAUGUUAUGAUCAUUGGCUUUGCUGUCAAAAAUGAAGACAAAGGUUGCAAACCCUAAUUCUGUAACUUAUGAAACAAUGAUUCGUGCUCUCUUUAAGAAAGAUGUGGUGUGUUGUUCUUUUUAGCCUUAUGUUCCCCUGUUUUAUAUGGAGCAUAUGUUGGUGAA